UCAUGAGCAUUAUAUAUAUUAACGGGCUGGAUGAACUUUUUAGAGGGUCAUGAGUAUAACUUGUACAACCUCGAUGGCGAAUAUGAACUGGUAUCAGCAUAUUUUGCAGGGCUGCCUGGUGUUUCUAAUGACCAAGCAGGGUAUUGUUACAGAGAUACGCUCGAUCCUUCUCUUCUCUCGUUAAAGGAAAGAUUGUGGUAUGUGCAAUGAUUCAAUGAAUGGGAAGGAUGAUACAACGAGUAAAUCAAGAGUAGUAAGAGAUCUGGGAGGUGUGGGUAUGGUCCUCUUGGCUGUGGAUGAAACAGAUGGUUUGAUUUACAAGUUUGACGUGCCUACCUCCGUAAUAACUGCUCGACAAGAACUCACCACACUCGACUCCUACAUGCGUAGCACAACGUCUCCAGUUGCUAGCAUUUUGCCAAAUAGCGAUGAGAUUCAAAAGAUACUUGUCCCCAGAUGGCUAGCUUUUCUUCGAGGGGACCAAGCCCAAUUUCGCCCGACAUCCUUAAGCCUGACAUUACAGCUCCAGGAGUAAAUAUUUUGGCAGCUUUGCCUCCAUCAAGUGAUGAAUUUCGUUUUUCGGCAAUCUAUGGAAUGGAUUCGGGUACAUCUAUGGCUAGUCCUCAUGAGUCAUGCCUCCGCUGUUGCAGCAACCAUCAAAGCCAUUAACAGAUGAGUAUUCAUACGCAUAUAACAU